CGGCCCAGCCUGCGGAGGGAGCGCGGGCGACGAGCGGGAGGAGACCCGGAUUGGGGCGCCGGCGCCGCUCCCGGGCUGAGGCGGGCAGGCGCCUUGGCACCUCCCGGAGCCGCCCGAGGAUGCCCCGCGGUUUCCUGGUGAAGAGGAGCCGCAGACCCACGCCCAUCUCCUACCGGACCCGCUGCUGCUGCCCGGCGUCGGCGGCCGCCGAGGGAGGCGACCCGGCGCAGCUCCUGGUGCCCCCGCCGAUCCCCGCUCCGCUCUCGGCCUCGCAGCCCGCCGAGGCGCCUCUUCUGCUGGCGCCCGCGGCCGCGCCGCACUUCGGGACGCCCGACGGCCCCGCCGCCCCGGCGCAGCCCCUGCGCAGCCCCGCGCGGGCCGUCAGCGAGGAGCGCAGCCUGCACCUGGGCUCGCCGCUCUCGGCCGAGUCCUUUCCGGCGCCCGAGCCUCUGCUCCUGGGCCCGGGGGCCGAGCUCAAGCUCUGGGCGGUCGCGGCCAUCGCCGCCGCCCCGCCGCCGCCGCCGCCCUCCCCGGCUCCGGCGGUGGCCCCGCAGCGCGGCCAUGGGCCGAGCCCCAGCGCGUCCAAGCGGCCUCAGGGCCGGAAGGCCAAGGCGGCGCGCAAGCUGCACUUCGAGGAUGAGGUGACGACGUCGCCGGUGCUGGGGCUGCGCAUCAAAGAGGGCCCCCCCGAGCCCGCCUCGACGGCUCCGCAGCCGCAGCAGCACCAGGCGGGCGCCGGCGGAGGAUCGCGCGCGGGCGGCGCGCAGCCGCUGGGCGAGUUCAUCUGCCAGCUGUGCAAGGAGCGCUACCCCGACCCGCUGGCCCUGGCGCAGCACAAGUGCUCGCGCAUCGUGCGCGUCGAGUACCGCUGCCCGGAGUGCGACAAGCUCUUCAGCUGCCCGGCCAACCUGGCCUCGCACCGCCGCUGGCACAAGCCGCGGCCUCCCAGCGCCGCCAAGCCCAAGGCUGCGGCCGACGAGCCACCCGCCAAGGGAGGAGGAGGCGGCGGCGGCAGCGGCAGCGAGAGGGACACGCCGAGCCCCGGCAGCGGAGGAGAGCCCGACGGCGGGGGCGGCGAGGAGUUCGCGUGCCCGCGCUGUGCCAAGCGCUUCCGCCGCCAGAGCGCCCUGCGCAAGCACCUGCCCCUGCACCACGAGCCGCUGGACGGGCCGGCCUCGGCGCGGGAGCCCCCGGACGCCUGCCCGCCCGAGGAGGCGGGCGUCCGCCCCAGCCCGCUGAGCUUGCCCGGGGAGUGCCACCCGUGCCCCGUGUGCGGCGAGCCCUUCGCCGGCAAGAGCGCCCAGGAGCGCCACCUGCGCCUGCUCCACGCCGCCCAGGCCUUUCCCUGCAAGUACUGCCCGGCCACCUUCUACAGCUCGCCGGGCCUGACCCGCCACAUCAACAAGUGCCACCCGUCGGAGAACCGCCAGGUCAUCUUGCUGCAGGUGCCCGUGCGCCCGGCCUGCUAGAGGGAGCCCAGCCGUGCCUUCCCCGCAGCCCCGUCGCCGCCCAGCCCCGGAGGGCCUGCGGGGCAACCGCGGGACUUCGACGCCAGCCACCGGGGCAGCGCGCACCGUCUCGCAGACCCGCCGGCCUUUUUGCCCCGGAGCAUCUCUGCGAUGGUGUGUCCGGCUUCUCUCCGCCGCUCCCCUGGAGCGCCGGCUCCGGAGCAGCUCCCUCCUCUACGCCCCCACUGCACUCGCGGGGGCUGCUCCAGGGGCCAGAGCUUCAGGGUUGGCUUAAACUUAAGAUUCCCCUUUUCUCCCCCCCCUCCCGAAGUCAAUCUUGAGAAAUGAUGGAUGCCUUUACACUUCACAGGCUGUGAACUGAACCUUUCCCCCACUUGAUUAGCUUUAUUAUGGCUUGUGAACCGCUGGGAUCUGGCUUUACCUUUUCGCUGUGUGUUUUCUUCUCUUUUUUUAAAUUUUCGAUGUGAACAAAAUCAAUCUGCUUAAAGAUAUAACUUUGGUUAGUAUAGCCACAAAUGCCUUGACUUUAAUCGUUGUUUGUCUCCAAAAAAAUGUUGUAGAAGCUGCCUUAAUACAAUGACAUGCCAAUCUUUUUAUGUUUGUUCCUUUUCGAAGUAGAUCUCUAUGUUGACGCUUAUCUGUAUAUGUUGAUUUAUGCGUAAUUGUUAUUUAUUCGUUAUUUAUUAUUAAUUAUGGUGUUUAUUUCUGACGUGCUUUGCCUCUCUCCCGCCCCCUCCUCCAGUUCGCCCCCUCCUGCCAUUUCACUGUGCAUUUUUAAGUCUUUUUUAAAGGGAUCUGUUGAAAAGGGUUUAAUUUUUAUACCUAGAAUAAACAUACAACUGUAACCCUUCUCUUCUUGCUUCGAGGGCUCGCGGAUAGCUCAGCUUCCUUUUAGAUGCAAUCUCUUUUCUACACAAUUAUUUUCUUAACUGUUAGCUAUUUAUAGAACGCUUCAAUAGAACUGUUUUAACUGUCUAACUAUUUACUAUUCAAAUAAAAGUAUUUUCAAAUUCA